GGGGGAGCAGUGUGUGCGGUGGCCUCGGUGGGUGGUGUCCACCUGGGAACAUGCUGCUGCUCAAGAAACAGACGGAAGACAUCAGCAGCGUCUAUGAGAUCCGGGAGAAGCUGGGCUCGGGCGCCUUCUCUGAGGUGGUGCUGGCCCAGGAGCGGGGCUCCUCACACCUCGUUGCCCUCAAGUGUAUCCCCAAGAAGGCCCUUCGAGGCAAGGAGGCCCUGGUGGAGAAUGAGAUUGCAGUGCUCCGCAGGGUCAGCCACCCCAACAUCGUGGCUCUGGAGGACGUCCAUGAGAGCCCUUCCCAUCUCUACCUGGCCAUGGAGCUGGUGACGGGAGGAGAGCUGUUUGACCGCAUCAUGGAACGUGGCUCCUACACAGAGAAGGAUGCCAGCCACCUGGUGGGCCAGGUCCUUGGUGCUGUCUCCUACCUGCAUAGCUUGGGCAUCGUGCACCGAGACCUCAAGCCUGAAAAUCUCCUGUAUGCCACGCCGUUCGAAGACUCCAAGAUCAUGGUCUCUGACUUCGGCCUCUCCAAAAUCCAAGCUGGCAACAUGCUGGGCACCGCUUGUGGGACCCCAGGAUAUGUGGCCCCGGAGCUCUUGGAGCAGAAACCCUACGGGAAGGCUGUAGAUGUGUGGGCCCUGGGUGUCAUCUCCUACAUCCUGCUGUGUGGGUACCCCCCAUUCUACGACGAGAGCGACCCCGAACUCUUCAGCCAGAUCCUGAGGGCCAGCUACGAGUUUGACUCUCCCUUUUGGGAUGACAUCUCAGAAUCAGCCAAAGACUUUAUCCGACACCUUCUGGAGCGAGACCCCCAGAAGAGGUUCACGUGCCAGCAGGCCUUACAGCAUCUUUGGAUCUCUGGGGAUGCAGCCUUUGACAGGGACAUCCUGGGUUCAGUCAGUGAGCAGAUCCAGAAGAAUUUUGCUCGGACCCACUGGAAGCGAGCGUUCAAUGCUACCUCCUUCCUGCACCACAUCCGAAAGCUGGGGCAGAGCUCAGAGGGUGAGGAAGCCUCAGAGCGGAAGAUGGUCCGCCACAGCCACCCGGGCCUCGGGGCUGGCCAGCCCCCCAAGUGGUGAUGCCCAGG